AUGGACAUAAUAUCUCAAUUGCAGGAGCAAGUGAACACAAUAGCAGCUCUCGCGUUCAACACCUUCGGAACACUUCAAAGAGACGCGCCUCCGGUUCAGUUAUCCCCAAAUUAUCCGGAGCCUCCGCCUGCAAAUUCCAACGGCAAUGGAGCCGAGGAGUCAACCAAUCUCGCGGAGCAGCCCAAGAUCCUCAGUUCCGAAUUGGUGAAAGCUGCCAAGCAGUUUGAUGCCUUAGUUGCGGCACUUCCACUAUCGGAGGGAGGCGAAGAGGCUCAGUUGAAAAGAAUUGCAGAACUCCAGGCUGAAAAUGACACAAUUGGACAAGAACUUCAGAAGCAACUUGAAGCUGCAGAAAAGGAGCUUAGGCAGGUUCAGGAUUUGUUCAGCCAAGCAACAGAUAACUGCUUCAACUUAAAGAAGCCGGAUUGA